UUAGUGACGGUGGGCUGGGAAGCCCCAACAUAUAAAGUGAGCGUGGCCUCCCAUCCAAGUCCUCAAAAACCGCAAAACGAGAUUCCACACAACGCCUUUAUAACGAAAUCCCAUACUACAUUUUUAUCGGCAUCCGCAUCUCGAAAUGUCUCUAUCCGACCUCAAGGUUAACGGACUUUAUAUCAUUUUAUUUAUAAGGCAUGAUCCACCAGUUCAGGACAAUUUCCACUGGGGCCUCUACCUCCACCGUCAUUCUCAAACCGGCGGCACGAAAUACCAUAUCAAGCAGCAGGGCGCCGGCUGGAUAACCAAUCAUGGGCCUACUGCUGGAGUUUUCAAAUCCUUCCUUCUCGUGGGUCUUUUUAGGAUCGCCGAUAUUCCGGCUGGUUGGGAGGGACACGUGGAUCAGACCAUAAGGACGUACGACAGCCAGAUAAAUAAUCCGGAUAUUUCAUGCCGAGUCUGGUUGCUUUGGGUUCUGGCCCUUCUCCAGAAGCCUGUCAACGGUCAGGUUAUUCUGAAAUGCGACAAUUUAGCGGCUCUGGAGACCGAAGUUAAGACCUGGGGGAAUGCAAACGCAAUGGGCGCUGCGGUGAAUGAGCAGCCAAGGCCUAUAGGAGCCUCUGCAUUGUGCGGACUGGCCUCAGAGGAAUGUGCAAGUCUCAUGUUUCGAGAAACCGUCAGGGGAAAUGAAGACUCAGAAGGAAUCUUGUCGAGUAGUGGGAGUAUUUGAUUUAUCGAAAUUAUAUUACAAGUAAAGAAGUCACUGAUAUGCA